AUGCGCAACGCUUCUCUACACACUCAAUAGCUUUCCAUUAUACGUACCGCCGUACCUCUGCCUCAGGGUUCCCAGUUUACUUUAGCUACUCCAAAUCUUACCUAUUCACUGAAAUCAUAACAGAGUUCGCGGAGAUGAUUUCAACUAUCGACGAUUCAAAGCGCGAAGUUGCGGCUAUUUUCAACUCAGCCAUUGCAGCCGCAGCCAUCGGCGCUGCCUGGGAGCUCGGCUUGCUCGAUGAAUUGAGAGACCACAAGAAAGUUGACGUGCACAAGUUCGCAAAGCAACACGAUCUGGACAGUGGGUCCAUACAAGGUCUGGUCACCGCACUGGCGGUCGUCAAUGUGGUCGAGCGCGAUCAUGAUACCGCCGUGCCGGGCAGGCUGCUGGAUGAGACCUACAGGAACAAGUCUCUGUUCCACUGGCUCGCCCUCGGGUCUGGAGGACUUUUCUCACGAAUGCAGUACGUGGUGCGAAACGAGAAUCGCAAGGGGUCCUUUUACAGCCGUGACCCCGCGGCGAUCGCAUACGCCUGUCGCGAUAUCAACCUCCAACACUUUGACCCGGUCUUCUGGGCGGCCAUGGAUGGACUCGAUUACAAAUUCCACUCGGUCGUGGACUUAGGAAGCGGGAGUGGCGAGCGACUAAUGCAGACUCUCGACCGGUAUCCUGGGACCACUGGCAUCGGCAUCGAUGUCGCCGGCCCUGCAAUUAAGGUCGCCACGGACGAGGCGUUAGAGCGUGGCUUCAGGGAUCGGUUGUCAUUCAUCGAGGGCGACGCGCGUGAAAUGGUGUACUGCGACGAAUUUGCCCGAGUCGACCUUCUGAUGUGCUUCAUGAUGGGCCAUGACUUCUGGCCUCGUGACAACUGCAUCGCUACUCUUCAGCGGUUGCGUAAGGCCUUUCCCAAGGCCCGCCGCUUCCUCCUGGGAGACACGACCCGGAUCCUGCUGGACAAUCCUCGUUCUAGACAUGCCGUCACCGAAGAUGAUGUCCCCAUCUUUACCCUUGGCUUCGAAUUCGGGCACGCUAUGAUGGGUGUCUAUUUACCGACGAUGGAAGAAUGGGAAGCUGUUUUUGCUGAGGGCGGAUGGCGUUGUGUAAAGACGCACCUCAUUAAAUCAUCGUAUCUUUCGGUUAUCUUCGAACUAGAACACGACUAAAUGCAGAAAAAGUCGACAGUGCAGUGCUUGUUCUCACGGGUUAUCACACUGAACACUCUUUUCCGGCUCGUCAUUUACUGUAAAGCCUGUCGUUACGUUUUAUCUUCUCACGCAUUCAUUUUAGUCGGGACCUAUAG